AUGAACGCUCUUCGUCGGCGCAUAGGUUCAUUGCUAGCUGCCAGGCGCUCUCUAGCCACCACCUCGAGGAAUCCAAAUUUUGUCAAUAUCGUCGAGGUCGGACCCCGGGACGGUCUUCAAAAUGAGAAAGCAGUGAUCCCGCCCGCCGUCAAGGUCGAACUCAUUAACCGACUUGGAAGAGCAGGUUUAAAGUCGAUUGAGUCCGGCAGCUUUGUUAGUCCGAAAUGGGUUCCUCAAAUGGCAGGUACCGCAGAUGUUCUUUCGCAAAUGGAGCGGCUCCCUGGCGUACAUUACCCUGUACUUGUGCCGAAUACACGAGGUUUGGAUGAUCUCCUUAGACUCUUGGCUUCUCCGUCGAAACCGGACACACUGCCGAGGGUGAAUGAAAUUGCUGUCUUCAGUGCAGCGACUGAUGCAUUCAGCCGUGCAAAUACGAAUUGUACAGUAAAGGAGUCCCUAGAACGUCUUGCACCAGUAGUUGAACGAGCCGCAGCAGCUGGCCUUCGAGUACGGGGUUAUGUCAGUGUGGUCAUCACAUGUCCUUAUUCAGGUCGUGCAGACUAUAAGCGCGUCCGCGACGUUAGCCGUGCACUGCUGGACAUGGGUUGCUAUGAAGUAAGUCUUGGAGACACGACCGGAACGGGUACGCCUGCGUCUGUCCUUGAUAUGCUCUCAGUGGUAUCAAGCACUAUACCAGUUCGGAAUCUCGCUGGACAUUUCCACGACACUUUCGGGACGGCGGUUGCGAACAUUUUCGCGGCGCUGUCAGCAGGGAUACGAACAUUUGAUUCAUCGGUCGCGGGCCUUGGUGGAUGUCCAUAUUCUCCUGGCGCAACUGGGAAUGUAGCCACGGAAGACGUCCUUCAUGCCUUGAGAGACUCGGGCUAUGAGGUAGCCGGAGAUCUCCGUUACCUCGUCGAUACUGGAUUUUGGAUUUCGGAGCAGCUUGGUCGAGAGAACUGCAGUCGCGCCGGACGAGCAUUCCGAGCGGCGGAGCUUCGGCAACAAAGCGUGCAGAAGGAACGGACCACGUGAGAAGGCGCUCUAAUGCGUGAAGUGGGGUGUAUUAUUACAUUGCCAGGGACCUACACUGCAGUAAAGGAUACAUUUGUACAGUAUGUUGCGCAUUUUUUGUUUGCAUGUCAUUUUACAACUUCGGCUCCAUUUUGUUCAAGAAAGCAGAUGCGACGAGUCGACCAGAUGAUUUAUUGAAUAUCUGGGGUAGCAAGGCAAUGAAUAAUUAAACAGUCCGUCGGGUGAAGUUACUCCGGUAUCUUUACCGGAGUCAGUCAACACACGUACCUCGCAUUUAGAUGUCAUGGAUCGUCCGCCGAGAGCUAAGGACGUGCUGAUAAUUUCCAACGUUGAUCCACUAUAUCCAAUCGGGACGUCAAUUUCCCUGUCUGAUGAGGUUUAAGGGGUACGAACAGUGGCGCCGGGGCAUGGAAGAGGAUAUUCAGCGCUUGUGUAACACCGACACCAUUCUUUCCUCGUAACAAUCCGAGCACGACUAGUGGAACACUCCCGCAGCUAUACAUUCGGAGGAGUUAAGCCUUGUAUCAUGUGCGAUUAAACGAGCAGAAGAGGUAUUCUUCAGGACGAACUUAUCGAUGAGAUAGGCUAUACACCCUCCAUGCAUCAUCUCGUUCCCGUUUACCAUUGCUGCAAUGUUAAUCAGUCGCCGGAUCUUGAUAUACCACAUGGUCGACAAAGGAGAUCGCAUUACGACAUACUCACAUUUAUCGACGACUAAUUCUGCCACUGCAGUCGCCGACGUCACCGAGUCCCCUCCUUCAUGCACGCCUCCUCGGUUAUCUCCUUUCCGUCCAUGGGCUGAACUAUCGGAACACCUCGGACCGUCAACAUCGAUGCGAACAAAGCGUACUUUUCGACCUGCGGCGUGUCCGAAAGCUGCUGCGUCACCGACUCCAUACGAUGCGAACGUGUUUAGAGCGAGUUGUUUUACUCGACUUGGCGCAUUCCCACCGAUCUCUCUGGCAUCCGGGUAUGCAAGCAUUGUAUAGUCAGCGCUUGGGAGCGCUGCAGGGUCGACCCACGGCCUCUUUGUGCAAUUAUCCCGUCCAGAAGAACGCGAACAGCCUCCUUGAGAAUUGCUCGAAGACAUAAGGAAUGCAAGACGUAGAAAGAAAGAAGACGAAGCCUAAGGGUGGAAGAGGAAGUAUAGGAGGAUGCGGGGUGGGGGAAAGGAAGACGGAGGUGUAUGGCUCGAGGGAAGAUAAUAAAUACGAGUUUGCUAAGGACAUACGGCGGGAAGGGGGAUUAGGGGUUUUUGAGCCUGGAAGCAUACGCCCACCGAUCCACCGGCGGGAGUUGAUUUCAGUAUGGCAUCUGCCAUGAUUCAAAGAAAAUUUUAGGCGUUUCUUCUUUACCUUCCUACCCUCCGCUGCCGAGGUAUAUACAUUUAUACUAAUAUAUACAUACUUAGAUAAGUAAACACAAAAGCCAGCAUCGU